UUAUGAGCCAGAUCCCUUGGUUCCUAAUAUGUUGACUCCAUGUCACGGCUUCUGGAUUUCUCAAGCUCCGCCUUCUUCUAACUGUGCUGUUGAGACGCGUGAGGCAGGCAGUCAGGGCUGUAGCAUUUUUUUUCUCGCUGUGUGUCAGCCCGGCUGAACACGUACAGUAAGACUAGGUAGCUAGUUGCACUUAACGGAAACGCACACAAAUUAGUGCUGUAUGCAGGCUGGUGCAUUUGAGCGGCCACCGGCUCCUUACUGACUCAUACCACGGGGACCAAACAUGGACCUAUUCGAGUUUGACUUCUUCAGGGACUGGGAAUUGGAGCAACAAUGUCAUUACGAGCAGGACCGCAGUGCACUCAAGAAGAAAGAGUGGGAGCGGAGGACUCAGGAAGUGCAGCAAGAUGAAGAUUUGUUCUCCUCUGGGUUUAAUCUGUUUGGGGAGCCAUACAAGAUAGAAGCAUCAAGUCACUCCACUUUGGGGGAGACCCACAACCCAGACCAUAAGACCAACAAAGGCGACGCCCUGGCGAACCGCGUUCAGAACACGCUGGGGAACUAUGACGAGAUGAAGGAGCUGAUUACCAACCACUCCAACCAGAGCCACCUGGUCGGAAUCCCCAAAAACUCGGUGCCGCAGACCCCGGUGGAGAAGGAGGACGAGCCCAGCUUUUUCCCCGAGGGGCAGAAGGGCAGGACGGCCCCCUCCCACCCAAGCCUGGGUCAGCCCGGCUCCUCCAUGCCUCCACCCGCUUCCUCCACCCUCUCCGGCUCCGCGCUCCUCCAACAGGGGGCCAAGAAGUCCCGCUCCACCGACUGGGCCCGGGGCAGCCACAGCUCAGCGAGCAGCCAGCCUGGCCAGGGGGCGGGGCCUCCGUGCGGCAGGGGCAAGCAUGGGGCCUCCGCCCACGAGCUGCCCCAUGGCAGGUAUGAGGACCAGUUCAGCAGCCAGGGAGACGCCAGUCCCGUCCCCACAUCUUCCCUGUCCCGGAGACAUGUGGCGCCCCCCAAGGCCCCCUCUUCCUCCUCCGAGCAUGGCCACAAGGAGGCCGGUCGCUGCAAAUCUCCCACGGAGCAGGACCUGGGCUCCCACGGCGCCUCCUCUCCGGUGGCCUCCACCUCUCUCCUCCCUAGCGGACUCUCCACGCCUAACUUCCCCCCGGGGAUCCACUGCAAGCCCAGCGCCAUCCAGCAGAAACCCACGGCCUACGUCAGGCCCAUGGACGGCCAGGACCAGGUCCCCAACGACUCGCCAGAGCUGAAGCCCCGCCCAGAGAUUGGGGACGGCUACGGCGCGGCCGCGUUCGGAGGCCUGAUGGAGGGCAAAGGCGGAGCCGGCAACACCAAAAGCAAGCUGCCCAAGCUGACCCUGCCGCAGCCCGGAGAGGUCAGCCUGUCGAACGACUCCAGCUGCGUUGAGGAAAUUCUACGGGAGAUGACCCACUCCUGGCCUCCGCCUCUGACCGCCAUCCACACGCCGGGCAAGGCAGAACAGACCAAGUUUCCCAUCCCCUCCAAGGACUCGCAACAUAUAACCUCAGGAUACAACGGCCAAAAGAGGUGCAAUGUUUCCAGUAACAAGCCUGCAACCAAGUCGGUUCCACAGAAGUCAAUGCUGGAGGAUGACCUCAAACUCAGCAGCGAUGAGGAGGACAGUGAACAGGCUACAGAAAAGACCAAGCAAAGAAGUGCUCCUCUCAAUCUCCCUGGGCCAACAGUUCGGAAUGGCGAGCCAGGUCACUCCAGCGGUGCCUCGGGCAGUUCCAGCGAGUCGGAGAGCAGCUCGGAGUCAGACUCGGACAGCGAGAGCAGCUCCAGCGACAGCGAGUGCAACGAGGCGUCACGUGGAGCCAGUCCAGAGCCUGAACCUCCAUCAACUAAUAAGUGGCAAUUGGAUAAGUGGCUGAACAAGGUAAAUCCCCACAGCAAGGCUCUGAUCAGCACCCAGCCUGAGAGCCAUGGGAUCAGCCACUCUCAACCUGGUGACAGCCAGGGAGAUGAGGUCCAUGGCCCAGAGAAGGGCAAACCGAGUGGAGCCCUAUCUCAGCCCGACACCAAGGAAAGAGCCCUUCUCAGCCCUGUCCGGGAGAAGGGGAAGCCCAGGACAGCCCAAAAAGCCCCUGAGGGCAAGGGUACCAAGCUCAAGUCCCCACCUGUGGUGGAACUGCCCCCACCCCGAAGGACCACAGGCAAAAAGCAGCCCAAGAAGGUUGAGCGUGGGCCUGGUGGGGAGGAGCCCAGCUGGCCCAAACCCGCUAUCCCCAGCUCCGUCCCCAAGGAGAAGGAACCACCUCCCCUGGAGCUGCCCAAAGUUCGGGGCAAAGGUGCCAACGGUAAGACCGCCCCGAGGAAAGAGCCCCGCCCUGCCAGUGUUCCGGCCCCCGCGCCAGAAAAGAAGAAGCACCGAGGGCCGAGCAAGAUCAUCCCAAAGUCCAAGGAGUUCAUCGAGACGGAGUCCUCAUCGUCCGAGUGCCACUCGGACCUGGAGGAACAGGCAAAAAUCCCGCUCCUCUGCCCCGGCCCCACCAUCGGUGGCCUGCUCAAAGCCAAGGACUGCAGCAGCAGCAACAUCCUGAGCAUCAGCAGCCUCACCAGCACCAGCAGUACUUCCAUACCCGACCCAGGGGCUGGGGAUCUGCUGGAGGACCCCCUCUUCUCACCCAUCCCCGCUGCCCAGAGCGUGCUGCUGUCCCCGCUCAGGGACUUGGAGGAGGUCAAGUCACUCUGGGUCAAAAUUGAACUCAGCUUUCUGUCCCGGAUCCCUGGGCGGGACCCCCCAGACCCACCCCCCACAAAAGCCGAAGCCCGGGACUCGAGCGCUAAGCACAGACGGCAGUCUCCUGUCCCUGCCCCUGCAGAAAAGCCUCCCAGCAAAUCCAAAAGGAAACACAAGUCUGAGAACUGUGAUGCAGUCGCUGGGAGCAAGAAGAUGCGGCUGGAGAAGGAGACGGCACUGCUUCCACCGUGUAUAUCCCCAAUACACACCCACAAGCUCACCAGCACAAAAGACAGCAUAUUGAGGAAACAGCCAAGGAAGAGAGAGGAGAAGCUCCUUCCACCCCCGCUGUCUCCUCUCUCCAGUGAAACCACACACCAGCACAGAAACAGUGAAGGCAGCACUUUCAGCCAAGAGGGUGGCGCCAAUUCUACCAGCACCCUACCCCCCAGCUGCUCGUUUCCCCCAUGUUCUUCAUCUUCCUCGUCCUCGUCCUCGUACAAACACCGCAAACUAGACAGCAAAUCGGUCACACUUUCCAAGGCUGUAAAUGAUGAAGAUGCUUACAGCAAACCUUCCGGAAGUUUCCACGGCAGCAGUCAAAGUGACACAGACCUGUGGCCAAGUUCAUUGUCGACAUCGCUGGACUGCUCGGAACACAGGCGGCCAAAGCUGACAUUUGAUGACACACUUCACAAUGCAGACUACUACAUGCUGGAAGCCAAGAAAUUGAAGCACAAAGCAGAUGCACUGCUGGAGAAGUUCGGCAAGGCCGUUAACUACACCGACGGCGCGCUCUCGUUCAUCGAGUGCGGCAACGCCAUGGAACGGGACCCAUUAGAGGCCAAGUCGCCGUACACCAUGUACUCGGAGACGGUGGAGCUCAUCAGGUACGCGUUGCGGUUAAAGAACUUCACCAGUCAUUCGGCCACUGUGGCUGAGAAGAAACUAGCAGUUUUGUGCUAUAGAUGUUUAUCACUCCUGUACCUGAGAAUGUUCAGACUGAAGAAGGACCAUGCGAUGAAGUAUUCCCGUUCUCUAAUGGAAUAUUUUAAGAAUUCAGCAAAGAAUUCUCAAGCACCUUCUCCGUGGGGGACCAACGGGAAGAGCACGGGGACCCCGUCGCCCAUGUCCCUGAGCCCGUCGCCGGUCAGCUCGGUCAGCAGCAGCGGGGGCCCGGUCGGCUCCUCUUCCUCCUCCUCCUCCUCCGGCGGCAGCGUGGCCAUCCCCCAGCGCAUCCACCACAUGGCCGCCAGCCACGUCAACAUCACCAGCAACGUCCUGCGCAGCUACGAGCACUGGGACACCGCCGACAAGCUCUCCCGGGAAAGCCAAGAGUUCUUUCAGGAACUGAACUCAGUAAUGGAGCCAUUGACCCAACACAGCAGCAUGACAGAACUGGUGCGCUACGUGCGCCAAGGGCUGCACUGGCUGCGGAUAGAGGCGCAGCUCUUAUAGUGCUGGGACUGGAGCGCCACGUCACUCACACCUCCAUCACUACCUCUACCAGCAUACGCAUCUCCACCAAUAAAAGCCCGGAGGACCUGGCUGCCUUCGCCCCGCUCCUCCAGCACUGUAGCUCGCGUGCUCCAUCUUUAUCCCAAGGUCACCUUUCUUCACAAUUUUCUCCUUGUUUGGAACAAUUGUUUCCUUCGCCAGAAAGUUUAACCACACCUCCAGGUUGGAUGGAUGUUUAGAACCCUCCCUUCAAAAAUAUAUAGUUCUAAAUAUUUUUACGGAACAUCCGCACAAGGUCCUUUCAGUCCACUCUGAGAAUAAUUAGCAGUAACUCACAACCUCCUUUGAAGGCUGAGUUAUGCUAUAUUUUCUUUUUGCCAUUUAAAAAAGAAGACCAUAAUCAUCUGUAACAAACCAUAUAAUGUAUUUCAGUCAGCUACUUAAGAUUGCGCUUCACAACUGUUUUGCAGUGGGAGAUAUAUACCUGUUUGUGUUUAAGACAUGAAGUAAAAUAGUAUUUCAUUAACUGGGCAAAUUGCAAAUAUAUGAAUCACAAUAUAUCAAGUUAGCAGGCUAUUAGAAACCAGAGGUCUAACUUACUAGUUUUAUGAGAAAUACCUUAGUUUUAAAUAGGGAAGAGCACAAUGUGCGUGUUGCCAAAUAGUCUUGAACAUUGCAUAUCCAUCUGUGAAAGCACUGGUAGCAGGUAUCACAAGUAAAGUUAACCUUCAGUGUUACUGAUUCAUUAAAAGCAUUCAUUUUUGGUAAGAUCAGGAACUAGACUUCCCAUGAUUGCAUGGGACAGAAAACACUGUUUUAAUUUAUUUAACAGUACAGCUUUCUGAAACACUACAUUAGCUCCCACCCCAUAAAAGAGAUUACCUGGCCUUUUUUCCUAUAUAUGUGUAUAUGUUAUGUCACAGUGUGAGUAGAUUUUAUUGUGUUCUUACCCACAGUUGUAAGGGCUAGCAUAGGCCUGAGGCAGAGUACAUUAUUAAUCUGACUGGCAGGAUAAUAGUCUCUUCAUCUUCACUGUGUCUGGACCAAGGUAAUUAUUAUUAACUGAAAUUAAAAACAAAAACGAAUAUAUAAAAAUGUAUAUAUUUAAUAUAAAUAUAUCAUAUGAAACAAAUAUUAAUAUUUUUGGUUUUGAUCUGGUCGCAAGCGUGUAUGAGAGUAUAUAUUUUGACAUUAAUAAAAUGAUCCUUUCUCUGUUAAUUGAAAUGACGUUGUGCUUCAUAAUGUUUGGGACAAAUACUUGUUUUUUUUGGCUCUGUACGCCACAAUUUUAGAUUUGUAAUCAAAUAAUACACGUGAUCAAAGAGCACAUUCUCCACUUUUAUUUAAUGGUAUUUCCAUGCACUUUAGUUUCUCCAUGUUGAAAUUACAUACAAUUACAAACAUAUACUGUAGCCCCUGAUUUCAGAGCACAAUUGAACACACCUGAUUAAUCAGAAACACCUGUGAAACCAUUUGUCCCAGACAUGGUGUCCUCAAAUGGGGGACUAUAAAAAGUGCUUUAAUUUCUACAUGGUGAAACCACAGUGUAUAAAAAUACCCUUUAAUAAAAGCUGAGAAUCUGCACUUUAACCGCAAGUAAAUUGUUUGCUUACAAAUCUAAAAUUGUGUACAAAGCCAAAGCAAGAAAAAAAUGUCUUUGUUCCAGACACUAUUGAGCUCUCUGUAUGUUGCAAGAUGGUAGUCCCACUCCAAACCCUGAGGUUGUUGGGGAUAUUACCCACCACCAUUAUGGCUAGCAUUAAAUAGCGAUCUGAGAAAAUAUGUUUACUUUGAGUAUAAUACAUGAAUUGACAAAUACAAACGUAUGGUUGUUGUAGGUAGUGGGGUACAUGGCUUGCAAAUCAAAUUGAAAAUAAUAAAAAAUACUAAAAAUAAUAAUAAUAAUUAAUAUGUUAAAAAUUUAAACUAAUCUAAAACUGGAAUACAUUGAAAAACUGAAACUAGCAAACACUCUAAACUAAAUUAGACAGUGGAAUCGAAACUAAACUAAAUUUAAAACUCAAUUUAAAAAUAAAACUAUAACUAGAAGAGUGCACUCAGUAGAGUGCAGAUCUCCGCCAGGCAUUCCAAAUGGAAGCAGUUGUUGAUCACUUGCAGCCCUUAGUGGCCGGUUAGGAGUUAGCACUCAAUCUAUUUCAAUGGACAACAAUGAUGGAAAUUAAUUCAAAUAAAAUACUUGUCGUUGACCGAUUUGCAAAAUAUUUGAGAAUUCAGGUCCUUGGCCUGCUGUCAGCAUGCACAACAAAUAUUAGGCUGAUCGGCCCAGCAGUAUGCGAGAUUAGCUGCGGACAGUGACACAAACACACACGCACAAACACACACACACACACACACACACGCACAAACAUACGUGUCCAAAUGCAUGAUCCCCUCCAGGCUCCACCUGGCUGAGAUAAUAACCUUGGUCUGGACAGUUAGUUCCCAUUUAAGCAUCUGCACCACACUGCCACACGGUCUUCUUGGUGGGGUACUCUGGAUCAAUUAGCAGUCCCUUUUCAAACGUGUCAUUCAGUUUAACUACUUGCAUUUCAGUAUACAGCACAGAGGUUUAUUUUACUGUGCAUUUACAGAUGUUGAUCUGAGGGAGAUUGUUGAGCAUGUGUCUUAACCAGGACCAUUGAUAGUGCAGCUAACCUACAUAUUUGUCCUUAAGUGUGGUAGACUAAUAUGCUGUUUUCAAUUUCAAUCGUAGUGUCAAUUAGUUGUCAUGGUAAUUCUUCAGUUUUUUUCACAGCACCUUGAGGUAAUUUAUGAACAUCUUUUUGUUUGUUUAGUUUUUGAUGGGAACGUAUGUGCAGUGCGCUUUGUGUGCAAUAUGGUGAUGGUUUUGGGAAGGGAAUUCCCAGAGGCUCAUCAUCAGCCCUAGCUAAAGCCCGAUGUGUUCUUGUGGACCAGUGGUGAUGAUGAUGAGUGUGUGUGUGUGCGUAUGCAUGCAUGUGUGUGUGUGUGUGUGUGUGUAUGUAUGCACGUGAAAUGUUCCUUUCACUAUGAUACAAUACAAAGUGCCUCAUUAUCCAGUGGAAGCUAUUAGACUAUAUAAACCAACAAGAAUGAAUCUAAAGGAUUUUUCCAUACCAUAUUGGUAUAUUCGAUUUUUAUUUUUCAUGAUUCCACACUUAUUUAUUUCUAUCGCUUUUAUUGAAAAUGCUGUUAACUGCUCUGGCUUUAAAAAAUCAAAAAUGUGUGACAUAUUUAUUCCAAAUAUCUAAUUAAAUUUCACUUGUGCUGUUGGUUGCAAACAAAUAACAAAAACAAAAGCAAACAAUUAGUGACUCCAAAGCCUUGCCAUUUUCCAUAAACCAACAACCUGUAGCGUAUUGAAUUCAUUAGCAGUGUUUUGAGAUUUGCAAUAAUUUAAUAAAUAAUGCUAAUUGUUAUUUAAAGAAGCAAAAAUAUGCAAUAGCAGUCGAUUUCCACUCCAAGGACAAAUAGCAAUAUGCAGGUAAGCAUAAAUAACUGUACAAAAUGCGUAAUGCUGAUUAUAACUAUAGCCGAAAAAGAUUCAGUCCAAAAAGUGCUGCAAAGCUAAUUAGUUUGAGUUUCAAGUACACCCUUUCCCAUAAUCCAUAAUUUCUGUAAGAACAAUGUUUGUCUGAUAUUUUCAUGACAAAAUAACUUGGCUUACAAUGUUACAAUCAUCUGCCUGUGUAAACACCAGAAAAGAAGUUGUGUAUAUUAAUUUUAUGCAAAUUCUGAAAUUCUCGCUUCCAGUCCAAAAUUACCAACUGUCGUCCCUUUUUAGGGGGCAGUUUGUACAUUUCGAGUGGCUUUUUCCACAGCUGCUCCUUCUUGUGCCAGAGACAAGCCAUUCUGUCUGGAAAAUGUGUGCCCAUUUUUGGCUGCCAGUCAGCACCAGCUAACACUGGCUCUCUGAGGCUCAUCCAUCCUAGAGUAUAAACAAGUGCCUACAUUGGCAGUACCUGCCACAAGCUAAUUUGGAGAUAGAAAACCGUUGAGAUUAAAAAUCAAUGCUAUUCUUAGAAUGCCCCCUUUUGCCCUAAAACAAUGAUACAAAUGAGAGACCAACUCUCACCAAACAAAAGGGCGAUAAAAAUGAAAAGUAGCUACAACAUUAACAUUCACAAUGUGGCCUUCUUGUUUAGUGUCCUUAAAAUAUUGGCUAACAUCUGAAGUUUGCAGUUUAGCUGCGCUGCAAAUCAGUUGUUCACAAGUAGAUAUGGCUUGUAAUUAAUGGGAGUUUGAUUACAAACAGCGUAGUCCCAAACUUUCAUUUUUUUUUUUUCUUUUUGGAAUACUAUGUCUCAUUUGGAGUUACUUGGAUUUAUUCCACUUAUGUUAACAGAAAUUUGUUUAAAUCAAAGUUAUUUCAAAUUUAAAUGUUUUGGCACCAUGGUGAUCAUAAAGUAAGCUUCACCUGAAGCUGUCAUUGAACAAUCCUUCAAUUGCAAUAUACGUUAUAUUUUUUAAAAAUGUGCAUUAGUAAUUAUUUAUGCAUCACAAAGUGCAAGUUAAUUAUGUGAAUAGGUACUGGAUUUUAUUUAUUAAUGUUUGUUUUACUGUCCUGUGCAUACUUAUAUUUUAUAAAUAUGGACAAGAGUGCCAAUCUCCCCUGUCUUUGAGCUGAAAAUAUAAAGAGACCUUCAAAAAUAUGUUAUUCUGCAAACAUAAUGAAAAAGUAGAGGUAGCUGUUUCAACCACUGGCCUGAUUUGUAUGAUUCAAUCAAACUUAUCACUGUGUGUCUGUGGACCAUUCAUCGCAACUACCAGGGCAUUGCUAUUUUUUAAAAAGGCCUAGCAUUGCACAUUUGUUUGAGGUUCUGUUUAUUUUAAGAAAUCUGAAAAUGUUGCCUUUCAUUUUGGAUUGAAAAUGACACAGACUCCUAAGCAAGAGUGUUUCAGUCUUGUCUCUGGCAAAUUACAGUCUUUCCUACUCCUAUGUUUUAUGUGCUUCAAUGCAAGUUAUCUUCAUUAUUAAAUCAUACCAGCAGGUAGCAUCCUGUUAACUCCACGAUGAAGCACUGUAAAUAGCACUUAACACAAGAUAAUGCACAGCGUCGGUCAAUUAAACUUCCAGUAAUUUAAUGCUGAUUCUUGACUUGUUGAACUGUGAUACAAAAUAACAUACAAUAUCCCUUUUAUGUAAAAUAGAAAAAUAUACACUCUAGAAAAGCCAUUUGGAGCAGCAGAGAGAGAAUGACAUCAAAUUGCAGAAGGUACAUCAAGGUACAUGAGGUGUUGUGUUAUUAGUACUGGCUUUCAUUUUGUCAAGAUCGACUCUGACUGUAGUUCAGAUUAAAAUGUUUUUUCAAAUUUAAAGUUCAGUCUUUCAUCAAUGUUUUAUUCAUCCAAGUGUCCCUUAACUUGUAAAAUAAAUUCAUGGACUGUACGGUACUUGGGAAAAUUACAACGGUCUACCAAUGCUAACUGUCGAUAUCUGUACAAUAAAACUAAAUGUUCCAUGUUCUUCUGUCUUAAGAAUAGUUACUAUAUGAAUAUACUGCAGUCCCCCUAAAACUGAUGGAAAUUAUAACUGCAGCAGAAGUAACUUGCCUUGAAACUAUUACAGAUGUGUAAUGUUUCACCUUCUGGCUGUCUGGUGUUUUGUAUUCUAUCUAGUUACGUGUUCUGUUCCCACAUUAUAAUUAAAUUCAAUCUGACCCAGAGUGUGUUACCUUAGCUUCUGUUAUCAAGUUGUUUUUCAAAGAGGGAACAGUUGUGAUAAUGUGCGUAUUGUUUCAAAGAAAAUGCAAGUUUCCUUAUGGCAAAACAAAGUCAUUUUCUAUACAUUGCUGUACCUCCUACUCCUAAAAUGAUCUCUAAAAGAGAAAUUCAAUGGACGGUUUCAGGAUGACCUAAAACAUUGUUUGUAUAUUCACCUUAUGAAAUGUCAUGAUUUUGUUAGACCUAUUUCAUAAUUGUCAGAUUCUGUAUAGUCAGUAUUUUGAUCUCCCAAACAUACAAAUUUAAACUAGAGUCAAAGUCAUAAAGUCAUUUUCAUAAGAAGGAAGGAAGUCACAUUUCCAUGUUCAAAGCUGAAUGGAUAAUCAGUCACUAUUGUGAUAUAGUCCUUUAUGAUUUAGCCUUUGCUCAACAGUAUGAUAAAACUGUGUACAUACGAGACAAUUUAUAAGGAACUACAAAUUUUUCCGGUAAACAUUUAUUGGCUAAGCUGACAUUCACUGGUAAACAGAGUAACCUUUUAUCCGGAGGCCUGAGCUUUAUAGAAAUGCUACCUAUUUCCUUAAUGGAUGCUUGAUCUUGAUUAAAUGUCAGGGGAGAACAGGGUUACUAUUCUAAGUCAAUAGCCGUCUCACCCUCAUUGAGUUUUGGCAGGCGAGGAAGGACUUUGUACUCAUGAAUUGCAAUGGCAGAAGAUGUCUUUGUUCCAAGCAUGCUCUCCUUGUAAAGUUUUUGUUUGUUUUUUUGUACAGAGCAGGGUAAUUGUUAUGCUGUUGAUUAAAUAUUGUAUAGUUGUUAAUUUUCUAUUGCUUUGUGUAUAAAGAAACUUUCCUGCCUGGUUAGCUUUGUAUUUCAAAUGUGUUGCACAAGUUACGAGUUCUGCAGAGAUUUUUUUAAUUGUAUUAUUUUUGCUUAUUGUAUGUUUAUUUUAUAAGAAAACUGUCAUAUGUAUUGUACAAAAAUGUAAGAGUUGUUGUUUUUAAAUGUUUAAUGUCUCUCUAAAAAUGUAUAACCAGUAUAAUUGCUUCUCUAUAAGAGGGUUAAUUAUGCUAUUGUAUGGAAAUGAAAAAAUUGGAAAAAGAAGUUUUUAUUAAACAUUUCUGUAAAUUGAA